GCAGUUCUGUGGAGAAGCAAAAAAUGUGACCGUUACAAUCUUCCACCACACAAGAACGGUAACCUCAAUUGACACAGUUUCUUUGGCAGCAAUAUUCAUAUCUUUGCUUCUAAGUAGACAAAUUUCAUCUCUCUGUUUCUUCUCGAAAAGGAGGCCUAUUCUUGAAUUUUUACAGGUAACCCAUUUGUCAUUCAAUGGAGAAUUCGUCCGAGCCGACUCUCAAAAGCCCGAUUAAGACCAAAAACAUAGACUUGGAGUGCAAUACACCACCACCACCAUCUCAGGAUCCUCUGAAAGACCAGAACUUUCAAAGCUCUGGAACUGAAAAAUUGGGCAAAAUUGGGACCCCAGAUCGGCUCAAAGUUCCCAAGGCAUUCAAUUACCCUGAAAGGUAUAGAAGCCCAACGGAUUCAAUGAUGUCACCAGUUUCAAAGGGUCUUCUACUUGCCAAAAACAGAAAGGGCAGUGGAAUGUUGUUGCCUCCCAGCUUGAAUCACACAAAGAUUCAGGAUGUUGAAAUUAAGGAUGUCUCUUCCCAAGUUGAAAAUAUUGGAACUCUAUAUUACAAGCCCUAAAUCUGAUGGGUUCUACUUCUUUCUCUUUGAUCAGAUGAAUUCUUGAACUUGAUGAAUUUUUCUGAAGAAUCAGUCUUGUGUCAUGUGAGUUUUCUCAGUUCUGUUUGUGUAAUCUGGAUAUAUUCAUAUCAAUAAAAGAAUGGUAUACAAA